AUGCCCGGCGGGGUCUGGGCGCUGGCGGCCGCGCUGCUGCUCCUGGCGCCGGGGGAAGCUCAGGAGUGCAUCCCCGGAGGACACAAGUUUCUCCAGAGUCCAUAUAGAAGUGUCCAUGUUGACUCACUGCACCUCCAGCAGUCAGCUGCUCAAGAACUGAUCUGUGACCACUCGCUCUCCCCUGGGUGGUAUCGAUUUCUCAUCUUGGAUACACCUGCUGAAAUGCCAACUACAUGUGUUGAGAUGAACCGCUGUGGAACUCAGGCCCCCAUCUGGCUGUCUCUGAGGGAUUCAGAAACUCUGCCGCCUCCCGGGGAGAUCAAGCAUCUGACAGCUUGUGCCACAUGGCAAUUUUUGUUCAGCACUACAAAGGACUGUUGUCUCUUUCAAAUUCCGGUGUCUGUGAGAAAUUGUGGGACAUUUUUUGUGUACUUACUACAGCCCACUCAAGGAUGCAUGGGUUAUUGUGCAGAAGCUAUUCCUGAUGUAAAAUUACACCCAUGUGGCCCAGAUGAAAUUGAAAUGGGAAGGGACUGUGUCCGUCAGCUGUCUGCUUCCUUGCCACCUCCACCUCUAGGAAGGCCAGAGGUCACAGUGGAGUUGAUUGAGUCCAGGCUUUUCUGUAGGUGUACUUUUGAUGUUUCCCCUACAAACAAUUCAGUGGGAUUUCUCAUAGCUUGGUCUAGGCUUUCUUCUCAGGAAAUCAAAGAGGAACUGAAACAGGAGACCACAGUUCAGGCGUUCUCUCUCUUAGAAUUUGACGGCAUAAAUCUCAGACUUGGAGAUAGGAUAUUCUGUAGUGCUUCUGUCUUUUUCUUGGAGAAACCACACAUACAAAGUUUAGCCAUCGAAAGCCGAGAAUUUUUUGCAGGCAUUAAGCUGCAACCUGAAUUGAGCACUAUAUCAGAAGAUGGGAAAGAAUACCAGUUAAGGAUAGAGAGCACAGUUCCUAUUGUUUGUCCUGAAUUUAGUGAGUUUAAUCAAGAAUGCAAAAUCUCGUUAAGACUAAAAACUGUUGAUAAAGGUGAAGAACACCUGGGCAUAAAUUUGGCACUUUCUUCUUGUCAUGUGGACCUUCGCCAUACGUCAUCCUGUGGGAAUGGAACCUGCAGCCACACUUUGGUGCACUACACUGCUGUAGCAGAUUUUUCUCGAGACGGAGACAGAGUCACAGACAUUGUAGUGCAGCCUAUAGCCAGUGAGGAUUUCCUAUGGAACAGCUAUACUCCAGACAGCAUCCAGAUCAGAGUAAAGGAUGUCCCAACUGCUUACUGCUAUUCAUUUACUGACCCACAUAUAAUUACAUUUGAUGGCAGGGUAUAUGAUAAUUUCAAGACUGGAACGUUCGUGCUUUAUAAGAGUAAAUCACGUGAUUUUGAAGUCCAUGUACGUCAGUGGGACUGUGGAAGCUUUCAAUACCCUGUAUCAUGUAACUGCGGGUUUGUCGCCCGAGAGGAAGGUGAUGUGGUUACUUACGAUAUGUGCAGUGGUCAGCUACGUGAAUCACAACCAUAUUUAUUUGUAAAGAGCCAAGAUGUAACCAGCAAUAUCAAGAUAAGUGAAUCUUACUUAGGAAGAAAAGUCACAAUCUGGUUUUCUUCUGGAGCAUUUAUUCGUGCUGAUCUUAGUGAAUGGGGCAUGAGUUUAACAAUCAAAGCCCCUAGUUUAGAUUAUAGAAACACUUUGGGACUUUGUGGCACCUUUGAUGAAAAUCCAGAAAAUGAUUUCCAUGAUAAAAAUGGGAUCAAAAUUGAUCAAAAUUUUAAUAAUCGUCUUGCUUUUAUUAAGGAAUGGAGAAUUUUAGCAGGAAAAAGCAUGUUUGACACACCACCAGUUUCUCCACAGUCACCUGGAAAACGAUCCUACUGUAGCUGCUCAUGGGACAGCGUUUUACUGUAUCCGCCUUCAAAUCACCUGGAUGAUGUUUUCCCAUCAGAAAUUGCUUCAGGUUGCAAAGACUUCAAACAUUUUAGAUUCUUUUCUUUGAUACCAGCACUAGAUGUCAGCUCUGAAUAUAUGAAUUCUGACAUGCUUCUCAGAGGAAUAAACAGAAAUGCAUCUGGUGAAGAGAGUAAUUUGAAUUUCUUUCCACAAGAACAAAAGCAUGUAAACCUAACCAACCUGGACUUAAAUUUCCAGACACAUGCUGGGAAUAAAAAACAAGAUGCUCUGAAAUAUUUGAACAAUGAGAAAUAUACACAGGAUCAGGGGAGCCGCAGCAAAGAGAUGAGGUGGAAUCAACACAACAGACGGAAACAGCAAAACUUUUAUGAGUUUCUUCCUUUGUUUGCUUUCCAAAGUCUCAGCCAAACUGACUUAGAAGAGUUUACUUACUUUUUCCCUGAGGACCAUGUGGAGGAUGUCCACCAAGAGUUUGCCCCUUCGUGGCCCACACCCUCAGGCCUCACUAAGGACAACAUGUUGGCACGCUGCCAGCAAACUUUGGCCAACUCCAGCAUAGGAAGACUCUGCCUCGCUUUCCUUGGAGAGAGACUAGACAUGGUUAUAGACAUGUGUGUGAAGGAUGUUCUCUUAAAAGAUGAUCUUAGCUGGGCAGAAGCAGGUGUGGCCCUUUUAGAAAAUGAAUGUGAAAAAAGGGUUUUGGAAGAAGGGAAACACAGCAUUGGAGAAUACAACAAGUCAAUUGAAGACAUUCUGUUAGCAUUAAAGUGCCCCAGUGAGUGCAGUGGCAAUGGGCAGUGUAUGGAAUGGGGGUGUGCAUGUUUUCCAGGCUUUGGUUCCUAUGAUUGCAGUGAUGUAUAUGGCAAACCUCCUGAAAUUACAGAAUUUGAGAAUGCUGGAUUCUGUGACGUUCAAAAAUAUAGCUGUACGAUGGUGAGAAUAUUUGGCAAAGGCUUCAAAGAAUCACCUUCAAUUAAAUGUGAAGUUACUAAAUUGCAGUAUAAUGGCAGUAAAUGGGUGCUCGGAGAACCUGUCUAUGCACAGACAAUUUUUCAAAAUAACAGAGCUGUUGAUUGCCACCUGCCCACUGAUGUUCACCAAUUUGAUAUCAUGGACCUGACGGGUGAAGAACCAAAUGGGAAGUGGCAAUUAAAGGUAUCUAAUGAUGGUUAUAACUUUAGUAAUCCAAAAAUAAUGACUAUAUAUAAUGGUGCUUGUCAGGUUUGUGGUCUCAAUGAAAGUGACUCCUGUACGAUAAAGGAAGACAUUUGCAUUAUUGAUGGACUCUGCUACAGUGAAGGGGAUAAAAAUUCAACCAGCUCUUGUUUGAUCUGUAGACCCAAAAUUUCAAAAUUUACUUGGUCAGUUUUAGAAAACAACCAACCCCCAGUGAUUCAAACAUUGAAAGACAAAUUGCAGGCCUUUUAUGGGGAAAACUUGGAGUACCAGUUCAUGGCCUUUGAUCCAGAAGGUUCUGACGUCCAUUUUACGUUGCACUCUGGUCCUGAGGGAGCAAGUGUUUCCUCUGCAGGACUUUUUAUGUGGAAAACAGAGUCAGAAACUCCCAAGCAAUUCACUCUACGCCUUAAUGAUGACUGUGGUGCAGAAACUAGAAUCAUGAUUGAGGUGACUGUGAAGUCUUGUAAUUGCUUAAAUGGUGGAUCCUGUGUGUCUGAUACAAAAUUUCCUCCAGGGAGGGGAAUGUACCUGUGUGUCUGCUUGCCUGGCUUCCAGGGCAGUCUUUGUGAAGUGGACGCCAGGGGGUGCCAAUCAAACCCCUGUGGCCUUGGCAGAUGUAUUAGUGGUUUUCACAGUUAUUCCUGUGAUUGUCCACCUGAGCUCAAAGGUGAAGCAGAGUUUUUAAAUGGAUUUACUACACAAAUGGUGCUUCUCACAAGGUCUGACAAAAGUGUUAUUAAGGAAGAGGAUGAUAUGAAUGCCGAACAGAGAGAGAGGCAUGGUAAGCCAACAAACAGGAAUGCCUUUACUAUUUGUAGACAUCCAUGUGGAAAAAAUGGGGAGUGUGUUGCCCCAAAUAUAUGCAAGUGUAAACCUGGUUACAUUGGUUCUAACUGCCAGACUGCUGUAUGUCACCCUGAUUGCAAAAACCAUGGAAAAUGUAUUAAGCCUAACAUUUGUGAAUGUCCUCCAGGACACGGUGGAGCAGCCUGUGAUGAAGAACACUGUAACCCACCUUGUCAACAUGGUGGCAUGUGCAUGGCUGGCAAUCUCUGCACUUGUCCUUACGGUCUUGUGGGACCAAGGUGUGAAACAAUGGUUUGUAACAAGUACUGUGAAAAUGGAGGUGCAUGUCUUACACCAGAUGUUUGCCAGUGCAAACCCGGGUGGUAUGGACCCACUUGUGGUACAGCUUUGUGUGACCCUGUAUGCCUCAAUGGUGGUUCCUGUAAUAAGCCAAACACAUGCCUCUGUCCAAAUGGAUUCUUUGGUGCACAAUGUCAGAAUGCUUUCUGUCACCCUCCCUGUAAGAAUGGUGGCCGCUGUAUGAGAGAUAGUGUGUGCAUCUGUCGUGAAGGAUACACUGGCAGGAGAUGCCAAAAAAGCAUCUGUGAUCCUCUGUGUAUGAAUGGAGGAAAAUGUGUGGGACCAAACAUUUGCUCUUGUCCUUCCGGUUGGAGCGGGAGACGAUGCAUAACGCCUAUCUGCUUUCAGAAAUGUAAGAAUGGGGGUGAGUGCAUUGCUCCCAACCUAUGCCUUUGUCCUUCUGGCUGGGAAGGAGUGCUGUGUCAAAUACCAAUUUGCGACCAAAAGUGUCUUUAUGGAGGCCGCUGUGUAUUUCCCAAUGUGUGUUCUUGCCGUGCUGAAUAUUCUGGAACCAGAUGUGAAAAGAAAAUACAGAUAAAACGCCAUUGAGUCACAUCGAGGAUACAGGCCCG